AUGGAUUGCUUACCUGAAGAUCUCUUAAUGCAAAUUCUUGUUAAAAUACCCUGCAAUAAGUCUAUUCUUCGAUGCACCUCUGUUUCUAAGUCAUGGUAUUCUUGUAUCAAAUCCCCUGUUUUCAUUACUCUUCAUCUACGUCGUAAAAAUAAUGAUCAGUAUCUCUUGUGUGACUUCAAGUCACCUAGUGGUAGGGACCGGUACGUGUCGAUAAAUAAUGACACUGAAUCAUUAGCUGAACGUAACAGGUUGUUGUUUCCGGGGGAGCAGAGUUAUGGAAUGGUUGUACACGGAUGUUGUAAUGGGCUAGUUUGUUAUACAAAGACCUACAAUGGUCCAAUAUGGCUCUGGAACCCUGCUAUUCGAAGGGUGAAGGAGCUUCCAAGGUAUAAAGAUCAUGGUCGUUCGUGUUUCGGGUUGUGGUUUGACAAAAAAGUGAAUGAUCAUAUGGUUGCCAAGAUUUCUACAGGGCAGGGCUUGUCUGUUGAUGUUUAUAGUUUGAGGACUAAUUCUUGGAAGACCAUCACCGAAAGAGUCCCUGCUAAGUCCGUGUCUGCUGAUCGCGAUUUAGCGUAUGUAGAUGGGAAAUUGCAUUGGCCUGUAGGAAGAAAAGGAAGUAGUGGAAGCUGGAUGAUUUGUUCUUUGGAUUUAAAAACUGGGAUUUUGAGGGAAACGUUGAUUUCAUGGAACAAGAAGCUGUCAGAUCUCUACUUGACGCCUCUCGGUGAACACUCUCUUGCUGUUUUCGGAUCCACAGAUGCAAGUGACUCAGAAGGAUGGGCAGCGCGGCGCUGUUGUAUGGCACAAGCAUAUGAUCAAAAUAUGAACAAGUUAUAUGCCAUUGAUUUGGAAAGGGCCACUUCUUAUAACCUCCAUCGUGUCGUAGGUUUGAGAAAUAACGGUGAAGCUCUGUUUCUGGAGCUCGACAGCGAUGAUUCAGGACUGGUUUGCUGUAAUACGACAACUAAAGUUUCCAAGAGGUUUGUUUCGAGGCUCCAGUACUAUAAACUGCAGCGCGUAAGGCCAUUUAUUGAGACGCUAAUCCUGCUUGAUGAUGAGGAUGCUGAGGAAUCUAUAACUCCGAAUCUUAGCCGGUUGUGGCUGUGUCUUCUACCUUAUUUUUUGUUCUGUUCAGCUCCAGUUUUCCUUGUCUUGAGUGUUGUAUUUAACUUCUAUUAA